CUUUUUUCUACAAAACAGAUCAAAAAAUUAAAUUUCAGAUUUAAUUUUUCGAGCUUCAAUAAACACUUAUAACCACAGAUUACUCUCAACGGCGACGCAAGAAUAAAAAAGACAUGGCAUAUGUUGAAGAAAACUUAACUAAGGAAGUUUCUCUCCAUCCUUCUUUCCAAGAAGAUGGAGUUAUUAUUCAACAGGAUAGCCGCUCAAGUUCUGAAGAGACUACCAAGGGUGAAAUCGUUGGUGGCAAAGAAUCCGAGGAACUUGUGAAAUUACCUGCUGUAGAUGAUGACCAUGAUGGUGGGUAUGGCUGGCUCGUAGUACUGGGUGCCUUUAUGGUUCAAAUCACCAGUUUUGGUGUAGUUUCAAGUUGGGGUGUUAUGCAAGAUUAUUUUAAUCAGCAUGUUUUUGAAAACAACAAAACUGCUUUGGUGGAUCUAAGUUUUGUUGGCACUUUAGCAUUGAUCUUUAUUAAUGCGGGUGGUCCUAUUGUUCAGGUACUGGUAGCACGCUAUGGUCUCCGACCAAUUAUGAUUGCUGGCACUACGUGUAUCGUUGUUGCCCUGGAAACAGCAAGUCUUGCGACGGAGGUUUGGCAUUUGUAUCUUACGCAAGGCAUUCUGUUUGGUUCAGGCGCCUCUUGUAUGUAUGUUACCGUUAUGUCGGUCACUCCUCAAUGGUUUACAAAAAAUCGGGGUAUUGCUUUGGGUAUUGUCGCUGGUGGAUCAGGCAUGGGUGGAUUAAUUGUUCCCUUCAUCAUGACACCUCUUAACAGAAAUUUGGGGUAUGCUUGGACUUAUCGUAUUUUAGGAUUUAUUUGCUUGGUCUGUGAUAUUAUUGCUUGUAUUUUUGUGAAGGAAAGAAUCCCCCGUAUCAAGGAGAAAAAGAAGCUUUCAGAGAUUCUUCAAUUUGACGUGCUUAAAAACAUCGAUUUCCUUCUCUUCGCCGUUGGUGCUGAUAUUGCACUGUUUGGAUAUUUUGUCCCUUUCUUUUUAUUCCUGGUAUGUUCCUAUGCAACUUACCUCGGAUUAUCCGAUUCCCAAGGUGCUUCCAUUGUUGCUGUCAGUUCGUCUAUGAACUUUAUCGGACGUUUAGUUGCUGGUUACAUGGCUGAUCGUAUCGGGAAAUUAAACUCAAAUAUCAUCUUUACGCUUGUCACCGCUAUCAGUAGUUUGCUUAUCUGGACUUUUGCAUUUACAUACCAAUCAAUGAUGGGUUUCGGCGUUGUUUUUGGGUUCUCAUGCGGUGUUUAUUUUGCGCUCAUGUCGCCUAUCUCUGUUGAAAUUUUAGGCAUGGAAAAAUUCCCUUCUGGUCUUUCCCUUCUACUCUUGUCUAAUGCUAUUCCUGUAUUUGGAUCCAACAUUGCAAGUGCUAUUGAAACACAUGCAGGAUCAGCUCCUUUUUUCACAUACAAGAUGUUUACAGGUGUAGCUUAUUUGACAGGUACUUUGAUUCAUAUAUAUUUGAAAUUCAGAAUGAAUAAGAACCCUUUUGCAAAAAUCUAAUAAAAGCUUAUAAAUUAACAUGUCAAAAAAAAAAAAAAAAAAAAAAAAAAAAA